GUGUCUGAAUGUCAGACUGUCAUCGAAAAAAAUCAUCCAAUGGUAUAAAACGAUUGGAUUCCAUGGGUUCGAAACUAUUAAUUUUUUCCUUACUUUCUAAGACUUAUAUUACCAAAUGUUUGCAUAAUUCUCAUGAAGUCUGAUAUUCACGCACUGUACUGAACCUCCCUCUUUCAAAUGAUAUCAUCACGUAAACCCAUGUUUUCGUCUCAUUUUGUCGGUAACUGUGUUCUCUACCUUUAUCUCGUCGCUAGGGAGUUCCAUUGGUUUACGAUUGCAGGGAUAUGUAUGCAUACAGCAGUAGAGUUGCUAAGUAACUUAUUUAUGUACUAAUGGCGGCUGAACAGUGGUUUAAUUUAAUUCAAAGUGCUCAAAAAACAGCAAUUAUUCAAGAUGGGAAAAGAAAAAUUCAUUUUUUAUUAGAUGAUGGCAGAGAAAUGGUAGAGGAAUAUCACUUAGAAACAAAUGUAUUAGUGCGAAGAGCAUGGAAAGAAAAAGGUAACUUUGGUCAGAAUGUAGGUUGGAAUGUAGAAAUUGGAGAUCCUGAACCCAGACAGAACAAUAUCGAAGUCUGUGGUAUACAGGAAAGUUCAAAUGCUCCACUUAUUUCUAGAAGGAUAACAAAGACUUCGCUUGAGUGGCGUAUAAGAAAUUUACCAUAUCCACUGAGCGUAUAUUCAGUAAGCGCAGAAGAUGAUGGAACAAUAACAAUUCGUACCAGUAAUAAAAAGUACUUUAAGAAGAUAGUAGUCACAGAUUUGGAACGCAUCGGGUUGAAACCAGAGCAAGACAGAAUAUCCUAUAAUCAUCAGUAUAAUACAUUAAUUAUUACGUAUAAAAAACCACCUGCACUCUUGGACUUUGAGAAAAAAGUAUUGAACGAGAUCUUGCAAGUGAAAACAAUUAAGGAAGGUGGCGUACAGUGUCCGACAAGCUAAUAAAAAUCUUUAAGUUCUAUUAUUUUUUUGUUUCUCGCCAUCACCGAAGCCAUAAUUAAUAAUAUAAUUGUGCAACAUCUUAAUUUUUUAAGAACAAAGAAAGUUUUAAAAAAAUGAUUUUUAAGCCUUAGCAACUCAGAUAAUUAAAUAAAUGUUAAUUAACCUAUGUAAACGUUACGCAUAUCACAAUGAAAAUUGGCUCACCAAAUAAAAAAAUGAAUUUACAAUCA